AUGAAGGCAAAAUAAGAUAUAGAAAUGUUGAUAAAGAAAUUUGCCGAUUUUAGAUAAUAGUCAAAUAUCACCGAUGAUAAAACUAAUAAUAUAUUGGAUUAAAAUGGAAGAAUGUUAUAGAUAUAAAACGUUAUCUUGAAUAAGUUUCAUGAUAUUUUUAAAAAAAUGUAUGAGGAUUUGAUGUGUCUUGAGAAAAAAUAUAAAAAAUUAUAAAAUGAUUAUAAUGAAUUAAAUGAGAAAAUUAAGAAGUAAGCCUAAAUCGAUAAGUAAGAGAUAGGAAAUUAAUAACCAAUUAUUCAAUCAAUAAAAUAAUCAUAGAAUUUGAACAAUAUGAAGUAAAGUAAAAAAAAUCAAAUAUUUGGUAAAUUAUAAUUAUAAUUUAGUAAAAUUUUAUAAGCUUAGGAAUUUAUUGAAAUUUUCUAAUGAUGAAUUUCAUCAAAUUUUAUUAUUGUUUGUUUCUUAAGGAUUAACUAUUGCCGAUUUGAAAUUGAGAUAAGAGGGUUAAAAAUAAGUAGUGUAAAUGGUUAAUAAUUUGAAAUCAUCCAUUUAAGAUACGAAAUCUAUAAGUUUUUAAGAUUUAAUAAACGAGUUUUUAAAGUUCAAAUAAUUUUUCGAUGAUCUAAAAUAAUGCAUAAAUGAAAAAAAUAAUCUGAUUGAUGUAAUCGAUAUUUAAGAUAAAUUCUUCAUAAAUUAUGAGACGACCAUAAAACAUUUUGUUGAAAUUGAGAAAAUCUAUAAUUAAAUUGAUUUGGGUAUUUAACAAUGA